UCGCAUAAAGCAUCUAAAACUUCAAAAGGAACAUAAAAGCAGUAUUGGCUACAUAAAAGAUUUUGAGAUUUGUGAUGAUUUGUUGUUUGGCCAAGAAAUAGCUAGACAUCUCUGGAUCGUUUGUUUGUUCUUCUUUUAUGUUAGUCGAUCUAAUAGACUUGUUGUGUCACCCACUCGUUUUCCUCUGGAAAUAUCGAGUGUGUGUGAAAUGAGAGGAGAAGAGAUUGCUGUUGGAGAUGUCAGUUCGCCAGAAGAGGGCAUUCGGAUUCUGUCUGACAAAGUUAUGGUGCGACAGGCGGUUGUGGUUAACCGCUCACAAUCCUGCUGCAUCUCUGUACUGUCGGGAACUGUACAGGAGAGGAGAAACAUUCCCGAUGGAGUGGAGGACACUUCUAAACAAUAUUCUCUGAGUGCAAUAAUUUUAGACUGGAUUGAAAUCUCCUAAACAUCAUAAUUUUCAUUUAUAAUAAAAUAUCCACGGAUUACUCUACGGUAAGCAUCAUCCUUUCGGGAAAGACAGUGUUUGCGCAUUAUGCUGCGAUGGAAUAUACUGAGGCGGAAGGGGAUUGCUGGGAUUUCCAUAAGUUUGACUUGUGGUAGAUAACUUGGAUUUGGAAUCGCGCGUCUUCGAUUCUGUCUGUGACUUAAGCUAAAAUUCUAGGAUUAAAAUGGAUUCUUUCUGUUCGAGUGGAUGUUUAUUAUGAAACAAAUUGUUUUGAGGGGAAUGGAAAGAUAUGAUCAGUGGUCAGUCAGGAGAGACUGAAGAUUUCCCGGGUCUGCUCUGCGGUGGAGGACUACAGGCGGGAACGUGCGCGUGUGGAAGAACCGAACCAUCUGAAGAGAGCGCGUGCCAUGCCGUUUCGGGUCUCGAACGGUAGAAAGCUGUAAAAACCUGUGGCGAGGAGUUGACUGAGACGCGGUGAUGGGCUUUGCCAUGAGGCACCGCUGGUUCAUGGUGCCACUGCUAAUGCAGGCAUGGCUCUCUGCCACCCCUUGCUUUGGUGAGCGACCUUGCCCUCGGAGCUGCCGAUGUGAUGGAAAGAUUGUAUACUGUGAGUCUAGUGCAUUCCGUGAUGUUCCCAAGAACCUCUCUGGUGGCUGUCAAGGCCUGUCCCUGCGGUAUAACAGCUUGGCAAGCCUAAAGGCUGGACAAUUCGUUGGCCUCAACCAGCUCAUUUGGCUGUACCUGGACCACAACUACAUUGCCAAUGUGGAUGCACGUGCUUUUCAAGGGAUACGGAGGCUCAAAGAGCUAAUAUUGAGCUCCAACAAGAUAACACUUCUUCAUAACACCACAUUUCACCUGGUACCAAACUUGAGAAACCUGGACCUUUCUUAUAACAAGCUACAAGCUCUGCAGCCAGGGCAGUUCCAGGGACUGCGCAAGCUACUUAGUUUGCACAUGCGCUCCAACUCCCUUAAGAAUCUCCCCUCUCGCCUUUUUCAGGACUGCCGUAAUCUUGAGUUCCUUGACCUUGGCUACAACCGUCUGCGCAGCAUUACUCGCAAUUCAAUGUCUGGCCUGCUGAAGCUAACUGAGCUGCAUAUUGAACAUAACCAGUUCUCCAAAAUCAACUUUUUCAACUUCCCACGCUUCUAUAACUUGCGUGCUCUUUACCUACAGUGGAACCGCAUUAGAACCAUGAGUGAAGGCCUUACGUGGACCUGGACAUCACUGCAGAAGCUAGACCUUUCAGGAAAUGACCUGCAGGAGAUAGAUGCAGAAGUGUACCGGGCCAUGCCGAAUCUGCAGACACUUAACCUGGAUUCAAACAAGCUUGUCAAUGUGUCUCAAGAAGCUGUGGAUGCCUGGACCUCUCUGACUGCAAUUAGUCUGGCAGGAAACAUGUGGGACUGUGGGCCAGUUGUGUGUCCACUAGUGGCCUGGCUGAGAACCUUCCGUGGAAACAAAGAGAUUAAUAUGAUUUGUGCAUCACCCAAAGAAGUUCAGGGGGAAAAGGUUAUGGAUGCAGUUGACGCCAAUAGAGUUUGCAUGAUUCCCCCUGCUACGCCAUCAACCGUAAUUGCUCCCUCUACCCCUUUUGUUGCCUUUGCAAAGCCCCCAGCCAGCUCUUUCAUCCCGACUCUUAAAUCUAGAGAUAGCAGAGGGGGCCAGGGGACGUCCUUGGAAGGUACCACCUCUUCAGCACCUUCUCAGCCCGCUGUCCCACCACCUGAGCAAGACUUCGAACCGGUGUCAUUCCACAAGAUAGUGGCAGGAAGUGUUGCCCUUUUCCUGUCAGUUGCCAUGAUCCUCCUGGUAAUUUAUGUCUCAUGGAAGCGCUACCCAAGCAGUGUAAAGCAGCUGCAGGAAAACUCGGCUGCAGCUCGCAAACGUCGGAAAAAGUCACGGGAGACAGAACGCACACUCAGCACACCAUUGCAGGAGUACUAUGUGGACUACAAGCCUAAUAACACAGAGGGCACAGAUGUGCUAGUCAAUGGUACUGGGCCAUGCACCUACACCAUCUCUGGCUCCAGAGAAUGUGAGAGAGGGUUCGAUAGGUCUCGGGAAGCCCAGAGGGCAGGAGACUGGAGACAAGGACAGCCAAUCCCCCCAUUUCACUCCCACCUCGCUCCAUCUCCCAGCACUGUUCAACCACGCUAGGACUUGCAUCUAAAUAAGAGGAUCUGAAUACCGCUGCUUCAUCCCACGAGGCUGGUAAAACAACUACAAACACACACCGACACAUGAAAAGACACAUUCUUGCCCACAAAAUAUGUUUAUCAGUAAUAUUAAUGCGCACGUUCAUCGACCGUUUAGGCUGUACACACAUCCAUAAACUCCCUAACAUAAAUGCUUCUUAAACAUUUCUUACAGUUAUAGUUCAUCCAAAAAUUCUGUCAUCAUUUCCACACCUUUUAAUUGCAUACUUGCUUCUGUUGAAUACAAAAGGAGACAAUGCAAUUACAUUGAAUGAGGACUGAAGCUUUCAAAUUUCAUAAAGGAUGCAAAUGCAUCAUAAAAUUGGUCAAUACAAGUUGUAAAUCUGAUAUGUGAGCUGUAACCAGUCAGUGUGAUUUGUAAACUUGUCAUUUAGAUUGGUUUUGUGAACUGAUUGAAAAUAUUAAACUUAAGAAUUAUUCAAACAAUCAUACAUCACUACUUCUCUCAUAAACAUACUAAGGAGAACAAGGGUGGUUGUUAAGAUUAUCUGUGAGUAACGAUGUAAAUUUUGGUGUGUUUCUACACAAAUUUAUCGUAUGACUUCAUAAAACAUGGAUUAUGCCGCAUGCAUGACACAGAACACAUAUUACGAUACUUCUGUGGUGUUUUUGCAUCCCUUUUGAAGCUUAAAUGCUACAGUCCUCAACAAAACAUGGACUACAGUCUUCAAAUUGUCAUUGUCCUUUUUGUUACACUGAAGAAAGGAAGUCCUACAGGUUUGAAAUUACAUUCAAAUAAGUAAAUGAUGACCGAAUUUCCAUUUUCGAGUGAACUAUUCCUUUAAAGAUCUGCACGACAUCCUCUCACAUCGCCACACACACAUCAGCUUUGGCAGAAAUAUUCUGCAGGCUACAGAUUAAAUUACUGCCAUGGUGAAACUAUAAACAAAUUAAGUGGCUGGCAAAGACUGCUAUAAGGAACAUCCUUUGCCAGAAUCCGAAUGCUGUUUUUGUCCAAAAAGAUGGGGAUAAAACCUUCAUUCUUUUUUGUUUCAGGGAAGUUGGUGUGUGAUUUUUGUGUUGGUAGGAAUUGGGAUUUCAGUGGGUGUUAUGGCUCAGUGGGACUCAGAUUAUUACUUUUUUUCUGCUACAUCAUCCACAAUCUGCACAGGUGGAUCAUUCCCAUAAUCCUGAUAAGUGCAAAAGUAUGGAUCUACUGCUCAAGUGCACAUAGCUGUUUUUUUCUGUCAUAAGUUUACUUCCCACUUGUAGAAUCUGUAAGACGUUUAGGAUUUGUUUUAAAAUAGCACUCUAUAUUAAGUACUGAGGCAGUGUAAACUUUUUUUAAACAGACUAAUUUGUGUAAAUUUUGUUAUUAUUUAGUCUUGUGGAAUAUGUGUAAAUAUCUCUGUAUCAAAUAGCUUCAAAGCUGUACUAAAUAAACAAAAUGCAUUUUUUAAAGAUACUCAUUUUUCUUAAAAAUUAUAAAGAAUCUUGCAGAUUCUGCCAAGGGUAUGUAAAAUUAUGGGGAGAACUGAUAGAGGUCUGGAAAAGUCAUUACGUUGAAUCACGAAUCUGCACUGUAAACAAAAUUUUUUAACCUGACCUGACAGUUCAAAUUUUCGGUCCGAUCCCAAUCCAAACUCAAAAUUUCUCAGCAACAGCCCACUAACCUCUGACUUGAAGAUGAAGUGUGAGAACAUAUGCGCAAAAUGAACCAUGUUAUAAUGCUUUUUUCAUUGUUUACAAAUUACUCAAAGUUAUUAUACUCAAAGUUACUGAAAUGAACUUGGCAUGAAACCUUGGGUGAGCUAAAAAUGAAGUAUUUGUACAGCGCUUUUUAUGAUACACAUUGUAUAAAAGUAGCUUUACGGAAAUUCGUGAUGUUGAAGUUUAUACCUUAAUGCCUAAUUAUCCACAUUUAGGAGCUUAGAGGUGAGUGAUAGGAUAGUUUACAUUUAGUGAUGAUAUAAACAAUCAAGCAGUUGAUAUAUCACUUUAUGUGAGUGUAAUGUAUGUAUGUGGGUAAAGCUGUGUACAGUAGUUUUAAGUUGCCGUUAUUCAUUUGCUAUGAAAAAGACCUAUAAUAUAUGUUCAUAUCCACUAUUUUAUGCGACAAAUUACAGAUUUAUGAUUAAGAACUUCAACAAAUAGACGUUCUGAGUCUCAUCAGAUUGUGAUUUUCUUAGUAGCCUGCAAUUCUCAUUUCAGACUUGGUUCCACUUCAGCUGUUGUGUGAAACAGCAGUUUUUAAUGUCAAACUAAAGAUGGAGAUUAUUUUCGUCUCAUGAAUUCAUCAAAAUACGCAUCCAAUUAUUUUUCAUGCUACGUUUCCCCAUCAAGUAUACCUUGGAACGAACAGAGCAUUGAAAAUGAGCUACUACCAUGGACGCAGGGCCCACACUAAUACAGUGACCUUUUAAGUUGACAAGUGUGGAAUGUGAUUGUGCGCUUAUUGCAAGUGUGUAUUUGUUGCAGAACGUUCUGUCCUCCGCUCUUAACUCAGGCUUGUAAUAGCAUGAGAGUCGGGCUCAUGUCUCAGUGUGUUCUGAUGCCUAACUAAUCAUUCAACAUCCGAUAAAGACGGCAUUAUCGGAACUGCAUGACGGCCUAAUGUAGCCAUUUAAAGGUGAAGUAUGCAGUUUCUGCGACACUAGUGGCACCUAGCGGAAUUACACCCCUUUGAUACACCCCUUUCUCAUGUCACGCCUCCGCAACUCAAACAUCACAAAUACAGCUCUUAGGGGUGCUUUUGAAAGGAUGUCUAACAUAGGCAUGGGCUUAUAAGAGGAUUUGAUAGCCUUAGGCAAAGAUAUCAUGGUUUCACGGUAUCGCGAUUACAGCUUUAAAAUGUUAUUUUUAAAUUUACGGGUAAAAAGCAACAUGUGGAAUAUUUGGAACUGAUGUAGUAAACAUGUAUGUCAGGUUAAAUAAAUAAAUAAAAUACAUAAUUGAAUUCUGAAAUAAGAACAAGUAAACAAAUUGCAAAGAUAGCACAAAUAAAUACAAUAGAAUAAAGAGACAAAUGGAAAAACAUGUCUUUAAAGGGUUAGUUCACCCAAAAAUGAAAAUAAUGU